GUAAGUGCGUCAUCAUUGCGGGCCCAGGAGUCAGUGAGUGUGGACAGAAGAACAAGUUGUUCUCUGGCUCUGCCUGCUAGCUGCUUUAGCUUCUUUUCAGCAGGAACUAAGUUUAAAACACGGCAGCGGUGGUUUGGAGGCUCCUGUAAGGUGCUGUGUGUCAGUGAGGUUCAUUGCCAUGGCGGCUCCAGGGGGACAGGGAGGAGCAGGAGCCUUGUCCACAAGAGGAGGCAGCGGGGUCCGACGAAUGAAGUGGGCUCUGGAGCUGAGCUUGGGGGGCACCAGGAGUCGUGACCGGCAGGGCGGUCAGGGAGAUGUAGUCUACCCCAUUGGUUACUCAGAGAAACCGGUUCCUGACACCAGCAUCCAGGAGACGGACAAGAACCUGGUGGAGAAACGCUGCUGGGACGUGGCCCUCGGGCCCCUGAAGCAGAUCCCCAUGAACCUGUUCAUCAUGUACAUGUCAGGCAACACCAUCUCCAUCUUCCCCAUCAUGAUGGUCUGCAUGAUGGCCUGGAGACCCAUACAGGCGCUCAUGUCCAUGUCAGCCACGUUCAAGCUGUUAGAGAGCUCCAGUCAGCAGUGGCUGCAGGGCCUGGUCUACCUSAUCGGGAACCUUCUGGGGGCGGCGCUGGCCAUCUACAAGUGUCAGUCAAUGGGGCUCCUUCCAACACACUCGUCUGAUUGGCUGGCGUUCAUAGAACCGCCUCAGAGGAUGGAGAUCAUGGGUGGAGGAAUGGUGCUGUGAGGUGACAGUAGUGUACAAACGAUGCAACUCUCCACAGACGUUCUGACUGUACAUAAACUGGCCUGGUUGCACCACACCACCAGGCUUCCCAUCACAACAGAGAAGAAACAAAAGUUUGUCAUUUCAUAAUUUCCACAGCAGAUCUGGACUCAGAUGAUUGGAGUUAAAAUGAGCAACAUGUUCAUUCUUUUUUUUAUUGGCUUGUUUCUGCAGAAAUGUUSCUUUAAUCUGUCACGCUGAUUGCCACAUUAAUAACAUCUUUUUAUAAUCUUCAUAAAAACAAUAAAAACAGCAGAUUUUAAAGUUGCCUGUUGUUACCCUACUGUAAUCUGUCCAGAUUAGAAAUGACUUGAUGAUUUUUAUGGCUUCCAAUUCAGAGUUAGACUAAACCAUAACACAACUAACCAAAUCGUUUUGUCUAUAAAACAACGUCAGGAUGCGUAAAGGUUUUCUGAAGCGUUCAGUUCCACCUGCACCAGAGUUUUAAAAAUAUAAAUACAUUUAGUUGUUUCUCAGUUAUGGUUUCAGCAUGUUAGCCAGCAACAUUUACUCAGAUUUAAUUUAUGUCUGGUUAAUUUAUGCUGAUUUGUCAGAUGAAAAUGUUGUAUAAAAUAAAUUCUUACUGAGUGAAUUAAAAUGUUUCUAAUUGUG